CUGCUGAAGAGACAAGCGGCGGCGGCGGCCCCAGUGGGAGGGGGAAAGCCGAGUGGGCGCCGCCCGGCCGCUUCUGCGCUCUCUCGCCGGCGGGCGGGAUAAAUGCGGGAUUCGGGGCGGCCGCUCGGCUUAGUCGCUGAGCUGAGCGGGAGGAGCAGCAGAGAGGAAGCUCAGCCGCCGCCGCCGCCGCUCUUAUUCCCCCGGAGAGGCGCUUCUCCAGAGAGAUUGUUUUGGGUUAGGAAUCAUGAACGGGCGUCUUCCUCUCCUCUUUGCUGCCUUGAUUUCUGCGUGCCUUUGCUUCCCACCAAGUCCUCUGUCUCUUGAGGAACUGGGCUCAGACAUUGGGAUCCAAGUUUUCAAUCAGCUGGUCAAAAGCAGGCCGAAGGAGAAUGUUGUGGUUUCCCCGCAUGGAAUUGCAUCCGUACUUGGAAUGCUUCAACUUGGAGCCGAUGGCAAGACAAAGAAACAGCUAACAACCGUGAUGAGAUACAGCGUAAAUGGAGUUGGCAAAGUACUGAAGAAGAUAAACAAAGCCAUAGUCUCAAAGAAGAAUAAAGAUCUUGUCUCAAUUGCAAAUGCUGUCUUUGCAAAAAGUGGCUUGAAACUGGAAGUGCCUUUUGUUUCAAGAAACAAUGAAGUCUUUCAGUGCAAUGUUAAGAGUGUGAACUUUGAGGACCAGAACACUGCAUCUGAUACUAUCAACCAGUGGGUCAGAAAUGAGACCAAGGGUAUGAUAGACGGCAUCGUAUCUCCGGAUUCUCUUGAUAGUGAGCUGACCAGAUUGGUGCUGGUAAAUGCAGUGUACUUUAAGGGACUAUGGAAAUCACGUUUCCAGCCAGAAAACACAAAAAAGCGAACAUUUAACGGAGCUGAUGGAAAGACUUACCAAGUGCCUAUGCUGGCUCAGUUGUCAGUGUUCCGAUGUGGCACAACAAGUACUCCUAAUGACUUGUGGUACAAUAUCAUUGAAUUGCCAUACCAUGGUGAAAGUAUCAGUAUGCUGAUUGCUCUGCCCACGGAAAGCACAACUCCUUUGUCUGCUAUUAUUCCUCACAUUAGCACGAAAACGAUACAGAGCUGGAUGACGACUAUGGUGCAGAAGAGAGUGCAGGUUAUUUUACCCAAGUUUACUGCAGAGGCAGAAACAGACUUAAAGGAACCUUUACAGGAGCUUGGCAUUCGAGAUAUGUUUGAUCAGUCAAAGGCAAAUUUUGCAAAAAUAACAAGAACAGGAAACAUUCAUGUAUCUCAGAUCUUGCAAAAAGCAAAGAUUGAAGUGAGCGAAGAUGGAACCAAAGCAUCUGCAGCAACAACUGCAAUUUUAAUAGCCAGGUCAUCCCCACCUUGGUUUGUGGUAGACAGGCCAUUUGUAUUCUUCAUACGACACAAUCCUACAGGUGCAGUUUUGUUCAUGGGACAAGUCAACAAACCUUGAAUGUGGGAGAUUUUCCUUCUGAAGCAAAUUUUAAAAUGAAUGCCCUUCUUCCGUUGAAUAUUUUUGUACAUUAUUAUUUGGCUAUGAACUAGCAUUUAAGUGUGGUUGGUCCAACUAGGUUUUGAAAAGGAGUUUUAAGUAGCUGGGGAGUGUUGUGGAAAAACAGAAUGCCUUUUCAAAACAAGAUUCUUAAAACUACUGAUUAGUUCCCUGUGCUAAUAACUUUUGAAAUUUGGGGUGGGGGUGGGGUAUUGAGUAUUUUGUAUUGUGAUUUUAAGUCUUAACCAGGUUUGGAACUAAAGGAGCAACUUUGAUUUCUGUUUGGUUUGUACAUAAAUGCCCUCCUGCUACUAUUGCCAUCCACCGAGUGGUUUGAUGAGGCAUUGCCGUAAGAAUUUCAAAGCUUUAGCCAUUUUUAUUUUAUAUUGUGCAUGCACUGCUGAGACUUAAAACAACUAAUGUCCCAGUUAACGCCUUUGCAUUGGUGUAAUGUUAAACUUGUCAUUGCUAGUAUACACUUUCUAUGGAUUUAAAUUUUAUAUUUUUUUGUACAAAGGGAAAAAAAAUAAAGUCAUUAUGAACAGAUGAAAGCAGUGUAGUAUCAAAGUGAUGUUGGCAGAGAUGAUUCGUGAGUUGGAUGUAAAAGGUCGGCUGCCAAGUGGAAGGAAACGCAAGCUUGAAUUCUCUGGACUGAUGGGAUUUUGCUGUGCUCUGGUAUGCGGUAAACAGCUCCAGCAAAGACUGACCUCCGUUUACUCAAUAUUCUGAAAUGUUCCAGACUGUACUAUGUAUGCAGGGUAUCCUAAAAUAUCAUUCCUGCAGGUAAUGCAGGGACAAGAUAAUUGUACGUUAAGAGAAAUUCAUUAAAAAGUGUCUACGACUGGU